AUGAACCUCCUGGUUGCCGUGUUUAAUCUGUUAUUCUUCUCUUUCGUUUCGGGCGAUAACGCAUCGGGCCCACGACACCACCGUCGGUUCCUCGUUGGCCCGACGGAUGGCAAGAGAACGGGCUUCCGCCCGUUCGAAUUGAUGCUGAUUUUAGUAGCAGCAUUAAUUGUUCUAAUUCUCAUAGCUUUGAUUAUUGUUUACUUUUACAUGAAGAGGAUGAAAAAGAGUGCCCGAAUCGAAAUCGAAAUGGUCCCAUCGCCACCGCGGACCGGGCUAGAACGCCUUGUGAUAUUUAAAGAAGUGGGCGUACCGUUAACUUUCAAUACGGUCGUGGAGGCGACCGGGAAUUUCACUUCACGGUAUUGUAUCGGAAGUGGCGGUUUCGGGUCGACGUACCGGGCCGAGAUAUCCCCGGGCACGAUCGUGGCCGUGAAGCGGCUCACGGUAGAAAUGUGUCAAGGAGUACCGCAGUUUAACGCGGAAAUCCGUAGUCUCGCACAGAUCAGACACCCGAAUCUUAUUACGUUAAUCGGCUAUUACGCGAGCGUGUCCGAGAUGUUUCUAGUUUACAAUUAUCUUCCGGGUGGGAGCUUGGAAGAGUUUAUACAAUUGAAAAGAAACCGUGUUACGGGCGUGCAAGUGGUUAGCAAAAUCGCGCUUAACGUGGCGGUCGCACUCGCGUUUUUACACGACGAGUGUAAUCCGCGGAUACUCCACCGCGACGUAAAGCCGAGUAAUAUUUUGUUAGACAAUGAUUUAAAUGCGUAUUUAUCAGAUUUUGGGUUGUCACGUCUUUUGGAGGGGUUCGAGUCACAUGUGACAACUGGGGUUGCGGGGACUUUUGGAUAUGUUGCACCCGAAUAUGCUUUGACGUGUCGGGCGUCCGAUAGGUCAGAUGUGUAUAGCUACGGUGUGAUGCUUCUUGAACUGAUUUCGGAUAAACGGGCUUUGGACCCGUCGUUUUCAAGUCAGGAAAAUGGUUAUACGAUCGUGUCGUGGGCGGGUAUGCUACGAAGAGAGGGGCGGAUGGAGGAGGUUUUCGCUCCCGGAAUGUGGGAAGCGGGGCCGGAAAAAACGUUGCUGGAUUUGUUGCAAUUGGGAUUGAUUUGCACGGCUGAAGCGGCCAUCGGGAGACCUACGAUGAGGCAAGUUGUAAAGAAAUUGAAGCAGAUUCGAUACGUUUUUGACUGUUGA